GCAGCUCCCCUUGGCCACCCAAUCCGGUAAAGGAUCUAGUAUAAGACGGCCACCUCCACCGGAGGAAGAGAGAGUUGGAAGGACCGGAGAGCGGGUGCAUCUUUUGCUGCCAUGAGAUGCUACUCCACUGAAGCAUCAGCAAGGCUUUGUAGACGCAGGGGAAGCUCAAACAAGGGGUGUGUGUGGGAGAAAUGUUAAGGAGAUGGGCAAGAAGGGAAGCGGCUGGAUCACUGCGCUCAAGAAGGCCUUCACCACGACCCCCAAGGACAAGCCAACAAAUGUGCAGCUGGUAGCGCAGUACCCGCCGCAGCAGCCGCCCCCGCAGCCGCAGCAGUACCGGGGGAACGCGAGGGACAAGAAGCGAUGGGGGUUCGGGCGGUCGCGGCCGCACGCCGACCCGGCGCCGCUGAUGAGCAUCCCGCUGUACCGGCAGCCCAGCAGCAUCGAGAAGAUCCUGGGCGACGCCGAGAUGGAGCGGCAGUACUACGCCAGGCCGCCGGCGCAGUACCAGAUCGCCCCCGCCAAGCCCACCACCGCCACCGUCGCCGCCACGGCGCCGACCACGCCCGCGGCGCGCGAGCGCGAGCGGGAGUGGGGGCGUGAUCGGGAGCGGGAGCGCGACGCCGGCGGUGACAAGCAGCAGCGGCAGCAGCAGGCGGCGGUGCUCCAGCUGCCUGCGCCGCCGUCCUCGCCGCCGCCGCUCAUCCGGCGGUUCGACCACGACAGGGAGCAGCAGCAGAGGCUGCAGCGGCUGCAGCAGGGCAGGGCGGAGAUGGCCGAGUGGCGGCAGCCGCAGCAGCAGCAUACCAGAACACGGGCGAGGCAGCGGGCCGUGGCGCCGGAGCAGGCCCGCGCGGCCGCGGUGGCGAUCCAGGCCGCGUUCCGGGGCUACUCAGCGCGCCGGAGCUACCGGUCGCUGCGCGGCCUGAUCCGGCUGCAGGCGGUGGUGCGCGGCCCCAGCGUGCGGCGGCAGACGGCGCACGCGAUGCGGUGCAUGCAGACGCUGGUGCGCGUGCAGGCCCAGGUCCGCGCCAGCCGCGUGGAGGCCAUGGAGCGGCGCAACGACCGCCACGGCGCCAUGCUCCGGGACGGCCGCCGCUGGCGCUCCGGCUCGCAGGACGGCGGCGUGUGGGACGACAGCCUGCUGAGCCGGGACGAGGAGGACGCGAGGACGAAGCGCAAGGCGGAGGCCGUGAUGAAGCGCGAGCGAGCCCUCGCCUACUCCUACUCCCACCAGGUGAUGAAGUCGACGCCGAUGGCGGCCCACGCGAUCCUGGCUGACCUCCAGUCGGGCCGGAACCCAUGGUGGUGGUCGCCCAUCGACCGCAGCAGCCACGAGCGCGACUACCCCCGCCACGUCGAGCCCGCGGUCAGCCGGCCCAGGCCCACGCCCGCCGUCGCGCGCCGCGAGAUGACCAUGAGCGUGAUGACGCCGAUGUCCACGGCCGGGCACCGCGAGAUGAACAUGAACAUGAUGACGCCGAUGUCGGCAAUGACCGGGCACCGCCAGAUGAGCAUGCCGACGCCGAUCUCGACGACGGCCGCGCACCGCCAGAUGAGCACGGCGACGCCGAUGACGACGGCCGCGAACACGCCGGCGCGGUCGGUGGCGUCGGCCUACUACAAGCAGCCGAGCAAGCCCGCGCGGGGCGCGCGAGGGGCGGCGGCGCCGCCGUCGAGCCACGGCGGGGGCGGCAGCGUCCGCGACGACGAGAGCCUGACGAGCUGCCCGGCGUUCGGCGUGCCCAACUACAUGACGCCGACCAUGUCGGCGUCCGCCAAGGCCCGGGCGCGCGCGCACCUGCUGCAGCAGCAGCUGGGCAAGGAGCGGCGCGCGGCGGAGCAGAAGCCCAGGUUCUCGUUCGGGCUCGGGCACAGCAUCGGGAGCUGGGCCAAGAGCCCGUUCUGGCGGGGCGGCGGGGACCAGUCCGCCGCGCCGUCGCGGGUGGGCACGCCGGCGGCGUCCACGGCGGGCGGUGGCGGCCGGCACAAGCACCGGCGGUCCGUCAGCGGGCUCAGCGUCGACUCCACCGUGUCCAUGCCGGCCGGCGUCGGCCGGCGGUCGUUCAAGUAGGUCGCGCGAUCUCCUUUCGAUCUUCUCCAUGAUACUUUGGUCUCUGCCCGGUGUAACAGUCUGUAUCGUGUGCUUGGUUUGGUCUUUGGUGCGUGUCUCUGUCGAUCUUGCAUGUCGCAUUUGUUUGACGAUAGUGGUAUGUGAUUCGUUGUGCUUGGUUUACCCGCGGCUACUGGUUUCCCUUUCGCGCGUGGCCUUCCGUUUUUGAGGGGCCGGUGGCUGCGAUGUAAAUGCAGUACUGCGGAGAGUUCAUGGAACAUACUGUAGUUUGUGUGCAUUGGUAUGUGUUCCGGUUUGCGUGUCCUUGUCAUAAGAUCGCCCAUGGUGGAAAAUUUGUGCCAUGUGA